GCGUAAGGAAUGCGGAAAAAGUAGAUUUGCAGACAUCAUUCGUUUUGGGGACAUUCCUUGAAUCACAACUUCGCUGAGCCUUUUUUGCAUUAAAAGUGUUUUUGGAGAUUGGAAAUGUCUGCACGUAAAGAAAUCAACAAACAACUUUAUGAUGCUGUGGAGGGAGAUGAGGUGGAGACAGUUACUCGUUUGAUUAAAAGAGGAGCAGACGUUAAUACACGUGAUUGGUUUGGGAAUUGGACUGUUCUCAUGCAAGCUUGUUUGAAUGAUAACAAGGAAAUGAUUGAGCUGCUAUUAAGAAGUGGAUCAGACGUGAAUAAGACUGACGCUUUAAAAGUGUUUUUGGAGAUUGGAAAUGUCUGCACGUGAAGAAAUCGACAAACGACUUUAUGAUGCUGUGGAGAGAAAUGAGGUGGAGACAGUUACUCGUUUGAUUGAAAGAGGAGCAGACGUUGAUACACGUGAUUGGUUUGGGAAUCGGACUGUUCUCAUGCAAGCUUGUUUGAAUGGUAACAAGGAAAUGGUGGAGCUGCUAUUAAGAAGUGGAUCAGACGUGAAUAAGACUGACAAAGGUGGAUGGACAGCAUUGCACCAUGCUGCUAACGACAAUCUCUCCAAAGUUGUUCCUAUUCUGUUAGAGAAUGGAUGUGAUAUGAACAAAAAAGACAAUAUUGGAUGGACAACAUUGCAUUAUGCUGCUAUCGACAAUCACUCCAACGUUGUUCGUAUUCUGUUAGAGAAUGGAUGUGAUAUCAACAUAGAAGACAAUAGUGGACAAACUGCACUGCAAUUAGCUGUCAGACAGAAUCAGGAAGAUGCUGCAGAUGCAAUCAAGGCAUUCACUGCCAAGAACCCGUCACAAUCACCAUUGCCUGUCAACUGUCGUACAAGCUUAACAGCAACAGCAUCAAAUGUUUGCCCAUCUACACCAGUGACGCAGAGAAUGAGGACCACUACACCUACACAACAACCUCCAAGACAAGUGGCUGGAAAAGGAGAUGAACAGUUAGUAGAUCAGCUGAUACAACAAAUAGAACAACUGAAAAAUGAAAGUUCAGAAAAAGAUAGAGAAAUUGCUGAAAUGAGAAAACAAAAUUCAGACCUACAGACCGCAUCGAGAGCAAACAAUUCAACAAAAUAUUCAGUGUCUUGUUUGCCACAGUCCAGACUUUGUCAUUGCCAUCAAAUGGUGUGGCUGGACAAGACAGUGAAACCAGAAUUUCACUUUCACUUUAGUUCAUCAAGGCAUGUCUGGCUGGAGUGGAGAAUAUUAACCAGUUAAACAGCAACUACAGAAAACUACCAGACAGUUUAUACUGUUCUGUAAAGUUUGAGACCUUUUUCACUCAUUUAUAUCAAACAUUUUCAAAGAUUUCUUAUGUGACUACAACAAUGCUGACAACCUCAAUUUAGAAGGUAGUGCAGAAGCAGCUUCCAGUUGAAUAGAAUACAGAAAGCAAAAAGACUAUUUGAGAUCCUUUUCUUGUUUGUAUGAUAUCAAACAGGAAAUUAGAUCUGCAGAGUCUCUAAGGUGCAUUGCUAUACAUCGAGGAGAGACUUCAGGAUUUCUAAAGAUGUUGUUUCAUCAGUUCAAGACAUGACCAAAUGAGAUCUUAUGUAAUGUAUUUAAUAAAAUAAUAACUGAAAGUAAUAAUGGUUCAAGUGUGGGCAUGAGUAUUGAUAUAAUUCCCCUGGGUAAGAAACUUGCAAUACAUUUCUUUUAGUUUUGAUUAGUGUAUGCCGCAACCAUUCAUUUCAGUUUUGAUCUAGUGUACGCCAAAAACAUUGCAAGUGACAAAAAAGACGAUAUGCGACGACAGAGAUUUGUGCUGUUAGUGGUUCUGCUCUGUGUUGGCACUGUUGUCCUUGCAGUAGU